UAAUAUCUGAAUAUCUGGAUAAAAUUACAAAUAAGUCAGUACUCGGUCAUCGGUUAUCACUACAACAGUGUUAGUGUUGAAAGUUCGCAAUUGACGAUAAUAGUUGUUUAAAGAUGAGUGCUAAAAGAAUUAAAUUAAGUGGUAGUGAAUAUCGUAAAAAGGCAAUCGAAAAAAAUAAAAAAAAUAAAGAUGUUAUUGAACAAUGUCAAAAAUUGGACAGUUUUUUUAAAAAGACUUCUCCACUUAAUAUUGAAAUUGAAAGUGUAAAUACUCAAACAAUAAUAAAUGUUGACGAAUCGGUAGAUAAUUCUAUCGUACAAAGUUGUGAUAAAACAGAUUCUUUACUUGAAAAUGUUGUCGAAAAUAAUUGUUUAAAGGGCAAUAGCAGUAAUUAUGAUAAAUCAUUAUUUGAGAGUUCCGUCACUAUACCAAGUUCAGAUCCAGCUGAAUGGAAUCUUACUUCUCCUGAAAUAAUAAAUUAUUUGUUAAAAAAUCCACCAUUUGAAAUUAGGGACCAUAUCGAUUUUUAAAAAUACUAAACGAUUGUAUGGCAAACAAUUAAGAAAACUUCCAAGUAAUAUAUUUGAAAGACGUCUUCUUAAUGGUGAAUGUAAAAAUAGAUCUUGGCUUCUUUAUUCGAAAUCAAAAAAUGCCUUGUUUUGUUUUCAAUGUCUUAUUUUUGCAACUAAAAAACAAGUAUUUAGUGAUCCAUCUGUAGGAUUUACAAAUUGGCAAAAGUGUCACCAUUUAGUUGCAGAACACGAAAAAAGUUUAUCUCAUAGUACAUGUGUCCGUAAGUGGUUUUUAAGAACCGCUAAAAAUACUGAGGUUAUAGAUAAUGCUUUGCAAGAACAGGUUAGUAACGAAAUUAAUUAUUGGAAAAAUGUAUUACAUCGCGUAGUUUCGACAAUACAAUUUUUAUCAGAAAGAGGGCUUGCUUUUCGUGGAGAAAAUGAAAAUUUUGGUUCAAAACACAAUGGAAAUUAUCUAGGAUGCUUAGAGCUCAUUUCUAAAUUCGAUCCAUUCCUUGGAAAUCAUAUAUCGAACCACGGAAAUAAAGGCCGUGGUAAUGUGUCUUACUUGUCAUCCACAAUAUGCGAUGAAUUUAUAUCAUUAAUGAGCAAAACAGUUAUUGAUAACAUUGUAAUUCAAAUCAAAAAAUCAAAAUACUUUUCAAUCAUUGUUGAUUCGACCCCUGAUAAUACCAAAGUAGACCAAUUGACCAUUAUUAUAAGAUAUAUAACAGAUAAUAGUUCUAUCAUUGAAAGAUUUGUGGGAUUCCUUAAAUCAGUCGGUCACGAAGGUGAGGAUAUGGAAACUGCUUUAAUUCAACAUUUUACAGAUUUAGAUAUUAAUUUUAAAAAUUGUAGAGGGCAAUCCUAUGACAACGCGUCAAAUAUGUCAGGCAUAUACAAUGGAUUACAGGCUCGUAUUAAACGAAUAUCUAAACAAGCGUUGUUUGUACCGUGUGCAGCGCAUUCGUUGAAUUUGGUAGGGUCAAACGCUGCUGAAGCUACCAGUGAAGGGACUCGGUUUUUUUUUCAACACACAGAUGGUUUUUAAUUUUUUUUUUUAGCUCAACAAGUCGUUGGGAACUUUUAGAAAAAUAUCUAAAUACAAUUGAAGGUUCGUUAAGUAUCAAAAAUUUAUGUAAAACUAGGUGGUCAUCGAGGUAUGAUGUAUGCAAAUCCCUAAAUAUCGGAUACAAAGAAAUCUUAAAUGUUCUAGAAGUAAUAUACUCAGAUAAAAAUCAAUGACCAGCAGUAUGUCAUGAGGCAAAAUCUAUUUAUAAAAAAAUGAGUAUUUUGGAAUUUUCAUUUAUGUUAUGCAUGUGGUAUCCAAUUUUAAAACGUUUUGAAGCAACU